AUGACUAUCAUCCAUAUAGUUAUGCUGAAAUUCCGCCCAGACGUGGGAGAGGAAAAUAAGAAUGACACCAUUCGGGCGAUGAAAUCUUUGAAAACACUAGAUUGUGUAAAGGGCCACCGGCUAGUCGUUGGUGGUCCUUCGAUCAACACCCCACCUGAGAGAAGUAAGGGCUUCGAAGUUGUACUUCUCAGUUUGCAUGAGGAUAUGACUGCCCUUGACAAAUAUCGGAACAGCGAUGAGCACCAGGCUGUGCGUUUGCCAGAAGCAUAUGCAGUCUGUGAUGGUCCACUGAAGGAAGAUCUCUUCGCCCUCAAGUUAUCAAGCCAUGAUCUUCGAGCUCAAUUGGAGGUCUGCCAUGACCUUCCUACUGUUGCACACGAUCUAGCUCAGCAGGAAAGCAUGGUCUCAUCUACAUACGAGGAAUUCUGCUCAAACAGCGCAUCUGCUGUCGGUGGAUCCUUCUCGGAUUCUGGCAUUCAUCGAUACUUUGCCAAGAUGGCCAAGGGCCGUGGAGCCCAGAAGUUAUCAGAUGAAAUUCGAAUGUAUCAGACCUUGCCAGAUGAAAUUCAAGACUGUUAUCCGCAGAUUCUUUUUGCCUCAAGGAAACAGGGUACCAUUACUAUGGGAACAGAAUUAAAAGACUUUCCCAACCUCCGAGACCUCUUGUUGAACAAUCAGCUUUCCGUGGAUGAUGCCGCCCGUGUCUUGUCAACAGUCCUGGAAUUUGAAUACAACAAAGCAUUUCUCAAGCACAAGCAACCUACUCCUCCAGGAUAUAUUCAUGACUAUCAUUUUCAUCGUGCCUGGCGCCGCUUGACAAUUUCCGCCGAGAUGGAUCCGGUUUUCAGUACACUCAUUACUACACCAUGGUUGGAAAUCAACGGACGGCGAAUAUCAAAUGUACCAGCGAUGCUUAAUAGGCUAGAAAGAGACGAGGUAGUGGUCCGGCGCCUGGACCCAGGAGGUGUCUCACCCUUCAUCCAUGGUGACUUUCACCCCGGAAAUAUGUUGUUUGACACGAAUCACGACAAUUUCUGGCUCGUUGAUCCUCGCGGAUAUCCGGUUUGUGACAUUUACUAUGACUUGGGAAAGUUGGCCCAAAGCACUCGGAGCUACUAUGAUCUUCUGCAUGAAGGCCGCCACGAGGCAACAUGUACCACGACUGGGGAUCUCACGGUAAUCAAUUACCAAUUCAUGUCACCAUGGGCAAAGAAGCUAUACACAGACCUGGAUGCUCGCCUACAACCUAUUAUCCACAGCUUGUUGAGCUCGACUUCCGACUACGAAAAUGUGGAUUUGCGCAUUCGGUUCAAUGAAGCUAUCCAUCUAUGUUCCCUCAUGCCGUUCCAUAUCCAUCCAGACGCACAGCCGUCCGUUGCGAUUCCCAUAUUUGCUGCUGGAGCAUUGCGUUUAGCAGAAAUCAUGGAUCUUCUGGGAAUCGGAGCCGAGGAAUGUGUUUCUAACCAUGCUGAUGGACUUGAACGCAUGGCUGAGCUAGGACACGUAGGGUGGCAGUUCGAGGGAUAG